GACAGUAGCUCUUGCACUCCAUAAGGGCACAGUGUAACUCAAUAAAAUGAAAGUGUUAAUAAAAUUUAUACAUUUUACCAUCUUUUUGGUCGGUCUGGGCAGUGCCUCGGUUUUGCCAGUAGAAAAAUGCAAGCUCGAAGACUCAACAUGCCUGCAAAAGGCAUUUCAAGAAGCUCUCCCGCUGUUCUGCGACGGUCUUCCGGAUCUCGACAUCGAAGUUCUCGAUCCCAUGCACAUUGACGAUCUGGCCUUUGAUGUUUCUGGUUUACAAUUUAGUAUGAAAGAUGGCCAGUUGAAAGGAUUAAAAGGGGCUGUCUUUGAAAAAAUCAAAUGGGACCUCAAGAAGAAGCGGAUCGAAGUAGACUACCACCUGAACGGUGCUGUCAGGGGCCAUUACACUGCGGGAGGCAGAGUUCUCAUUCUGCCCAUUACUGGCGAUGGCCAAAUGAAAUUGAGACUGAAAAACGUCGCUAUCCAGAUGUACAUUGACUACAAGAUGGACAAAGACGCAGAAGGCAAGAAUCACGUGUUACCAACGAAAUACGACUUUACGUUUGAAGUUAAAGAUGGCGCUCAUUUCAACAUGUCUAAUCUGUUUAAUGGGAACAAAGAUCUCAGUGACGCAAUGCAUUCAUUUUUAAAUGACAAUUGGAAGCAAGUCUCACAGGAAUUUGGAAGACCGAUGAUUGACGGUGCUGCCAAGAUACUUUACAAAAACGUGAAAAUAUUCUUCAAAAACAUACCCUUAGAAGACAUCGCUGAUGUUUAAGUUAGUCUUUUAUGAAACUUACUUAUGGAACUUUGAAUAAAC